UGCUUUUGUCGGCGUGCGCGGUUGGCGUUACGCACAUCGCGUAUCUGUUCCGGUAAUGGCGUCUGUGUGCGAGAUGCGCUCGGCUUCGGAAAAAUGAAGCGCAGGAGAGUUUAUUGUCAGUAAUAAAACUCGCGGUUUCCACACGCGGACUUUGCGUCUGUAUCUGCCGCAGGUUCAAGAUCCGAUCUCAGUCGUGACGCGACGCGACGCGCAGCCCGACAUGAUGAAGCUGAAGUCGAACCAGACGCGCACGUAUGAUGGAGACGGAUUCAAGAAACGGGCCGCCUGUCUGUGCUUCAGGAACGAAACCGAGGAAGAGGUGUUGUUGGUGAGCAGCAGCAGGUAUCCUGACAAGUGGAUCGUUCCCGGAGGGGGAAUGGAGCCCGAUGAAGAGCCGAACGACGCCGCUGUCCGAGAAGUUUGUGAAGAGGCCGGUGUCAAAGGGAUUUUAGGAAGACUCGUAGGAAUAUUUGAAAAUCGAGAUAGGAAACACAGAACGUACGUCUACGUUCUCAUCGUGGCUGAAGUUUUGGAAGACUGGGAGGAUUCUGUUAACAUUGGGAGAAAAAGGGAGUGGUUUAAAAUCGAGGAUGCCAUCCAAGUGUUGCAGUAUCACAAACCCGUUCAGGCCACAUAUUUCGCCGCUCUUCAGGAGGGCUGUCUGAACCGGAACGGUGCUCCGCUGGUGGCCACCAUAGAUGAAGAUCUGUCACCCACCUACAGCAUCAAUCAGAGCUCCGUCUCCGACAUCAGAUAACUAAUGCAAAACAACCGCACUUAGAUGCUUCCUUCACUCGCGCUCUUACUUUCAUUACUCUCUUCUCCUUUUCAGUUUUACGUCUUUCAAACAAAACAAAGACACAAACAAUGCUUUGCCAACCCUCUGCGAGUGCCGGGACGCUGGCACAGACAUCGAGUGUUGGAGGAAUACUUUUGUAAAUUGAAUACUUUUGCUGUUUACCGAUUCGUUUUCCUUUCGUGCCGUGUGCUCUCUGCGGCCCGUGUGAGAUUAAAUGAACGCUUCUUUAUUAGCAUGUGACUUUCAGUAUUUUACAUAUUGAGUUUCCUAUGCGCGCGCACGCGCGCGUGUGUGUGUGAAGGAGGUUUUGUUAGAAGCGUGACUGUGAGAUGAAACCUGUAGUCGUGGGAAUGCGUGAGAAGUGAAUCGUUUUGCAUGAGCACUGGUAUUUAUUUGUCAUAUGAGUUUGUGUGAUGCCAUGAAUGUUUCACCUGUACGUCGUGUUUAAUAGAUGUUCUUAACGUCCCUGUUUUUUGUUUUUGUUUGACCAUCUUGUAAAUAUUCUGCGGGCCUCCAAAAACA